GUGGUGCAAGUCGGCUGCCCGGUUGGCUCGCUAACACACCCGCAGAGGAGCGACCUCGCUUCGUCCAACGCUUCUGUGAUCGCCUUUCCUCGGUGCUGACAAAUGCGCGCAAGCAAAGCUUCUGCAUCGAGGACAUUAUGCGUCUGAUCUGGUCCUGCUCUACAGAGGAAGAUCUGAGACAGAUGAAAAGCUGGUGCAAUGAGAUCAACAGUACACGCGACAGGUGGCAAGUGAGCCCCCCACCUGUUCUACCGGCGGAAGAGAAGGCGGCGCUCCAGGCUGUCUUCAACUUCUUUGACAAAGAUGGCGGGGGAAGCGUCUCUGCGAACGAACUCAUUCUGUCGGGCCUCAUAGAUAAGGACUAUGCAAAAGAGUUCAUUUGUGUAGCUGAUACAGACGGCAGCGGUGAGAUUGACAUGGACGAGUUUUGUGAGCUGAUGUGCCCGCAUGGCUUCCGCGCGGCAGAGAAGUCCGUGAUUGGUUCCACGGUAUUUGGCCAACCUGCACGUCUGGAUGAAGCAAGUCAGACAUGGCGACUGAAGGAGGCACCACCGAUUGUGGCAAAGAGCCGUCGACCAAGCCGUGUCCGGGCCAAGGAAAAAGCACGACCAUCAG